AGAAACCAUCCAUAUUCCCCUUCCCGACGGCUGUGGGCCUGGUAGGUGAGACCUUCAAGGACCAGACUUGGUCAGACACAGCAUCCCAGAGUUAGCUUAGUUCCACUAGCCACUCACUCCCGACAUGCAGCAGCGUGAAAGAGUGAGAGAGCCAGUAGAAGAGAGAGUUCGCCGUAUUUCUGCCUAACCAUGCCUAGGGAGCCAAGCUAUUGAAAACCCUAGCAAACUGGGUUCAUGCUGUGCAUGCUCUAGCCGUACUUACUUUCUCUUUCUCUUCCUUGUAACAGGAACAAGCUGCGACGGCUCUCUAGUACUAGCUCUCCCCGCGAGAGGGACGGAGGACCGUACCGUGAAUAAAGGCCUACCGUAAAGAAGUUCUCUCCACAGACACGUACUGAGAUUGCCGGGUGACGUCGGGCUUGCCCGCUUUUGGAGGAGCCGAACUCUCGCUUUCGGACGGAGAGAGACGGAUGAGGGCGGGGCGGAGGAAGAGAAAGACAGGAUUAGCAGCCAUUAGGAUUUCCGUGGGAGGUGGUUACUUCGGAGGGUGGUGGUGAGGGACGUUUGGGGACUGCGUUGGUUGCAGUAGGAGGAAGCAGUGAGGGAAGGAGGGGUAGCUGUGCUGAGUAGCUCGCCUCGUGUAGGUAGCGCUGCAAGGGCUUCUCCAGGGGAUGUUUAUAUGUUGUUUGGUGUAUGAUUUAGAGGAGAGAAGGAGUUGAAAGCGGUCGCUAUUUAGAGGUAGGGAACGCGAGAUCUGCGCUGCUGGGAGGGCUGUCGCUUUUUCCGUGCCCGUGUGUGGUAUCGAGACAGCUCUGCGCUUACCCUUCAGUGCCCGGGUUGGAUCUCUCGGGCAGAGAACGUCUGUGUCCCCUAGGGCUAGUGCUGUGGUAGUGGGUGUGUGCGCGAGCAUACGUUUUUACGGGGGGGGUGGGGGUUGUGUCUGAACCAGUUACGAAGAAUGACUUUGGAGUCCAUCAUGGCGUGCUGCCUGAGUGAGGAAGCCAAGGAAGCCCGGCGGAUUAACGACGAGAUCGAGCGGCAGCUGCGCCGAGACAAGCGGGACGCCCGCCGGGAGCUGAAGCUGCUUCUGCUGGGCACAGGAGAGAGUGGUAAAAGCACGUUCAUCAAACAGAUGAGAAUCAUCCACGGAUCAGGUUACUCUGAUGAAGACAAAAGGGGCUUUACAAAACUGGUGUACCAGAAUAUAUUUACAGCAAUGCAGGCCAUGAUCAGAGCCAUGGAUACCCUCAAAAUACCAUACAAAUAUGAACAUAAUAAGGUUCAUGCACUGUUAGUUCGAGAAGUCGAUGUAGAAAAGGUGUCAACUUUUGGGAACCCCUAUGUAGAUGCAAUAAGAAGUUUAUGGAAUGACCCUGGAAUCCAGGAAUGUUAUGACAGACGACGGGAAUAUCAGUUAUCAGAUUCAACUAAGUAUUAUCUUAAUGAUUUGGACCGCAUAGCAGAUUCAACCUACCUGCCAACUCAGCAAGAUGUGCUUAGAGUUCGAGUCCCAACAACAGGGAUCAUUGAAUAUCCAUUCGACUUACAAAGCGUCAUUUUCAGAAUGGUGGAUGUAGGAGGCCAACGAUCAGAAAGAAGAAAAUGGAUACAUUGCUUUGAAAAUGUCACAUCUAUCAUGUUCCUAGUAGCCCUUAGUGAAUAUGAUCAAGUGCUUGUGGAGUCAGACAAUGAGAAUCGAAUGGAAGAAAGCAAAGCACUCUUUAGAACAAUUAUUACAUAUCCAUGGUUCCAGAAUUCUUCGGUUAUUCUGUUCUUAAAUAAAAAAGAUCUCUUAGAGGAGAAAAUUUUGUACUCCCAUCUAGUUGAUUAUUUCCCAGAGUAUGAUGGACCACAACGGGAUGCACAAGCAGCACGAGAGUUCAUCUUGAAGAUGUUUGUAGACCUGAAUCCAGACAGUGACAAAAUUAUCUACUCCCACUUCACAUGUGCUACAGACACAGAGAAUAUACGCUUCGUCUUUGCUGCUGUCAAGGAUACAAUCCUACAGUUAAACCUGAAGGAGUACAACCUGGUUUAACUGUGCCAAGGAGGCCCUGCAAAAUCACCUUUACGUGACUGAAGAUACAGAAGAGGGACUGUAUUAUCUGUGAAAACAAUUUGCAUAAUACUAAUUUAUUGCUGAAGUUAUAUUCACUCUGAACAUCCACAGAGUUUGUAGUUAAUAUUAUGUUUUUAUUUAAACUAUAUGGAGAAAAAACAAAAGAUGCUGAACUACAUUCACAGCACAUUUCCUUAUCUUUUAGGCAAAGCCUCAUGACUCAAUGUGUUUUAAAUUCUCAGUCCUACUCUCACAAAGGAUAAGGUUUUUUUUGAUACUGAAGCAAAGUCAAUCCGGUUUCCUCUUUCCCUGACCGUUUCUCUCUCCUUCCUUCCCUUCCCGCUUUAUGUUUUUAAAGGUAUAAUGGCCUUUUUCCCAGUUGCAUUUCUUGGUAAAAUAUUUUCUAUUGAGUGAUUUGGUCAGGAAAAAUGCUAUCAUCAAUAUUUAAAAUAUCAGUCAUUCUAAUUUUACAAAAUGUACUUUUUCUGAAGGAUCAAAAGUAUUGAUAGUAUGAUUUUUAAAUUCUUGACAUGGGUGUUUUCAUUCUGUCUUCACUUCUGAGGCUGGAAUAUUGGGAUUGCAAAAUAGAAAUACAGAUGUGUAUGGAUGUAAAAUUUAACCAUGCUUUCACAGUUUAGAAAGAUUCACAGAAGACAGUAAUGAAAUACCUAACACAAACCUAGGAUGUACAUGGAAUAUCACAGAAUCUCUUUUUAAUUGACAUGUGCCGUUUUUUUCUCUUUUCUUUAUUCACAAAUGUCAAACAGAAAUGUCAUGAACACUACAUUUUUCCCAGUAGCUACAGACUGAAACAGUGUGGGUUGUGUUUUUUUUUUCAGUUGUGUGGGUUUUUUUCUUAAGUUAGAGCUUUUCUAAAUGUGUUUUUCCACAUUAGAAUUUUUUUUUAUAUAUAUAUAAAAUUAAUCUUGCCAAAUCUGUCUUUUUAUAAAACCGAUAUUUUGAAAUAUAAGAUACUGAAUGAAAUACCAAAGUGAUGGAUUGGGAACUGACCUGAUUGAGUCAACCGCCAAAUGAUAAACAAACAUAGUUUCAGUUCCUACAAUCCCAUUUUAGAAAGUGUUCCAUUUUCUAUUGCCAAAAACAACAGUGUGAAUGAAUAUGAUAAUAGAUACAUGUGUAUAAAAGACAGUUUAACUCCUUAUGUCAGAGAUGACAUGAGAUUGCAUACAACGUGUUCUGUAAUAAUAUCAAGGCAUCUUUAGUUUUACAACAUGAAAUGCUUGUUCACUGAAUCACAGACAUUUGAUAGGCUUAAUAUAAAAGCCUUGAUAUUCUUUAGAAAGAGCUAUGAAUAUAAAUGAAACAUUGAGAAAAUCGCUCUAGAAAUUUAAACGUGCUAUUUUUUAACAACAAAAAUGCAGCACUCAUUGAGGAGUCUUUAUUCUACAGCUUAAGUUGAAAGAAGGUGUUUUUUGACCAGGUGCAUUAUUGCUGGCAAGCUACAGAGAACUCAGAUAUGUAAUUGGAUUGUCUGCAAUGCCAAGUAGCACUAGAGUGCACUUAACACAGAAAUUGCUGCCUCUCAGCAGCGUAGGGGAAGUGGAAAAAAGAAUGGCUUAUUAGUUGAGUAACAAAGUUAACAAUAAAGACUAAUGAAUUGUUUCUCAUCCUUAACCCUCCCAGCUCCAAAACAACAAUAAUAAGAACAGCUGAUACUUUUUUCUCCCUUAUAAAACAUCUUAUAAUUAAAAUCUGGUUGUACAUACAUACAUAUAUAUAUAUGGCAGCAUCCAUAUUAUCUUUGUAAUUAUUAAUUUUUGGCAAAUUGAAUGUGCUGUGUUGAUAUGUAUCUAUGUAAUUGUACUGUAUGUCAUAGCUAAUUCACAUUUUAAAUAAUGCUAUUUUAUUUACUUUUUAAGAGAAAAGAAUGUAAAUUUUGUCAGUUUAUUUCUGACUGGGGACUUGUUUUUAUUUAAAUAUAUAUAUAUAUAUAUAGUACAGAGCAGUACUAGCAUCGUACUGUAUAAAAUUAUUUGUACAUUCCCAAGUAGAAAUAAAUUGUAUACAUGCAAAGGACAUUCACAUUCAAAACAAUGCUUAAAUCUUGUGAGGGCUUUAUACAAAUGUAGAAACCAGUUUUGUUAGAAGAACAUAUGCCAUUAUAUCUAGGAUUGGAAAAUAAGCUCUCAAAUAUGAAUUUGUAUUUGGCAGAUUCAACUUUGAUUAAUUUUACCUUUCUAAUGGCCUUUAUUAGAAAAGUUAAUUUAGAGACAUUUCAAACCAGUGAACAUAAGUACUAAUGGGCACAUGCUAUUUCCCUAUAAUAAUCAUGAAAAAAUACAGAACAUCAGAUCAAUUAAACAUUAUUUCAGAAAUUACAGAAACCUUGGAUCUAGCAACAAAAAACUCAUUAGCGUUAACAAUUUUAAGGAGUUAAAAAUUUUAUUUAAUAAAGCUAAAGCAGGUAGUUGUAUGUUAUAAAAAGUGACACUGACAUUCUAAAUAGGUGAUCAGAGUAGUUAAUGUUGUUAUAUAUGGCAUUAUAAAACUGGUCCUGAUCUUGCUUAAAAACAUAAAGCUUCUGUGUCUACUGUUAACUAUGGAGUGCAUGAUAAUAUCCCUUCUUUUAACCUGGGAAUAUAUUGGCCACCCUGGAUUUAGUGAUAUAAAUAGAACUGUAGGAAAAAAAAAAAAAGAAAAAAAAAAAGCAAGUGGUGUCUUAUGAAGGUUUGGUGUUUUUUUGUUUGUUUUGUUAUGGGGUAUUGGGGAAGGGGAAUGGGGUUUUAUGUUUUGUAUAAAAAAUAAACAAAAGUUUUCUCAUGCAUUAUACUUAUAUUGUAAUUGCAGCAUUCAAGAGGUUGUGCCACUGGGCUACUUCUGGUAUAUUUUAAGUGAGCAAACCUGUGGCAAUGAUUAGAUCAUUUGAGCAUAUUCUGAAAAAAAUAUAUAUUCAGCAUGCUAAUGCAAGCUUUAUAUGAAUCACCUAACAGCACUGCAGUGUGACAGUUUUUGCAAAAACAUUUCCUUUUUAAAUGACAUAGCUGUUCCCACUUGCAAUAUAUUCCGUUGUUGUUUUAAUUGGUGGUUUCCAGUAUGGGUUAUAGCGCUUGAGCCCAGAAGUUUGUGCCUCUAACAUGAAACUGAAGGCAAACACAAGACACAAACCCUUUUACUUUAUGUGAUAUGUGAUUUCAUUGAAUGUCUUAAAUGGGGUAGGAGGGAAGGAAAACAUCUUGGGAACCUGAGUAUUUUAGGUGUUCGCUAGCACAAGAAAGCUGUAAUAUGCGUUUUACAAAACCUUAAAUUUGCUUUUUCACUAAGUAACUGGCACUGUAAUGACAUAUAUAGGAUGAUGCAGCUAUAAGGGCAGUUUACUUCUUAUCAUUUAGACUCUUGAUUGUCAAAGUAUAUGAAAUGUCAUUUUUAAUUAUACUGCCACAUGAUUGUGAAACAUUUUUUUAAGUUUGAAAGUUGAGAAGAGACUUUAUGCUGGCUAUCAGUCAGAACUGACUGCAUGAUUUGCAAAAACUUUAAAUGGGAGGAAAUGGGCUGCAUAUGAAGACAUUGCUAGACUCCCAGCCUUUGGUUAUAAAAUGCAAAAGAUUUUCAGAUUUCUCAGACUACUGUCCCUUCCCUAGUUAUGUAUUCUUCACAAAACAAUGAAAUAACAAGAGAAAACAUGAAACCAACAUGAAAAAAAAAAUUUAUCCAAAUUAUUUUAUGUGCUGCUGUUCCUGGAGUGCUGUUCAUGGUUACUGCAUACUAGUCUAUUAAUAAACUAAUGAAGUGCGCACAGUAUAUUAACAAGACCUACAAAUGACCUACCUCUAGUUAAGAAACCAAUAAAGUAAAUAUGUUUUGGAGAUAAUGUCUCAACUUAGAAAAUUAAAAUGGCAUGUUGUUAAUUAUUACUGACUAUUUUAGACAUUCACGCUUUUGUAAAUACAGUCCUUUUGAGAUAAACACCUAAGGUCAUCGGUCCCUGUCCAAUUUGUUAGUUUAGUAGAGAUCUUGCAAAACCGUAUGUUUUGGUUUAAUAAGAAGAAGCACCGAUAUCUCCUCUUUUUUUUUGGCUUUUAUUUACCCAUAAUAUUUUGAGUUGUAUCAAUCAAAGCAAACGUUUCCAUGUAAUCAGUAAUCUAUUGAGGGUCAUUAUUUAACUAGUUAAAUGUUUAUUACUGUAACUUUCACUCAAUCUUUUUCACAGUAGCCAUGCUGCAGGAAAGAAAGGAACAGAGGAAUUAUUUGGGCAAAGUUAAUGUUGAAGAUAGUGUCAAAAAUACAAGAGAAUUCAGCCAGAUCAAUCUUACUGUAAAGCUGUUGUUUAUUAUUUCUCUCAAAAGAUUGUCUAAGCUGAAGUCUAUUUCUGGAUUCCUCAUUUACCAUACUGAAGAAAAUCCUUAUUUGACCAUUAUAUUUGUGGGGGUUAUGAGAGACAUUUUUAAACUUGCAGUGUUUUAAAAAAAUAAAGAUAUUUGCUAUUCUUAAAGUGUCAUUUAAUCGCAAGCGCUGUCUACUGUUUGGGGAACCAAAAUAGAGUGUAGUGUUUGUUUUUGUUUUUUGUUUUUUUGUUUUUUGUUUUUUUAAAUAAUGUAUAAAACAGUUCUUUAAAAUCUCGCUCUUCAAAAAUACAGUAUUUUUGGCCAUAAAUUUGUACUAUUACUAUCUUAGUUCUUUGACAUAUUUCUGAAAUAUAUUUGGCCUUAAUGUUCUCCCAAAAUGUUUCUUAUUAUGAUAAAUAUUAGAUAGAUGUAUUAUUCCAAUGACUACUUUUUUAAAAAAAAAAUAUACAUGCUCCCUCCUCAUUGUCCAAAUAUUAAAAUUUCCUGAUGUCCUGGUUUCGGCUAGGAUAGAGGUAAUUUUCCUCCUAGUAGCUGGUAUGGUGCUGUGUUUUAGAUUUAGGAUAAGAAUAAUGUUGAAAACACACUGAUGUUUUAAUUGUUGCAGAGCAGUGCUUACACUAAGCCAAGGACUUUUCAGCUUCCCACUCUGUCCUGCCAUUGCGCAGGCUGGGUGUGCAUCAGGAGCUGGGAAGGGACAGACCCAGGACAGCUGACCCAAACUGGCCAAAUUGGUAUUCCAUACCAUAUGACAUCAUGCUGAACAAUUAAUAUGGGGCUGGCUGGGG